UGACGAGCAUUCCUUCCUCCCGACACACACUCGCUGCCACUGUCACUCAACAGACACUUCCCGGACAGUACCUCAAGUAACCUCCGAGGGGAAAGUAACCAUAAAACAUGAGUGAGGACGAUAAUGCCUGGGUCUUGGACAGUCUGGUCAAUUUCCUCCGAGGGCCAGUGUGGAAUGUUCCAAUUUUAACAUUUAUCGAACACAAGAGUUUGAUCUUCGAGGCGGGCGUGGAUGACGAUGACGGCCACCACAAGAUCCACGAAGAGUAUAAGACCUUAGUAGACUUCAUGCUCGGCUCAUAUAUGGAAGAUAUGGGCAUAAAUCCUGAGCAGUUUGAAGCAGCGUGUGGGAAGGCUUCAAUGAACACCCCUUUCCAUCAGACACUCUUUGAACAAGUAUGGGCAGCAGACGACUACGAAAUCUUCAAAAGGAUGAUGAUUCAGAAAAAUAUUGAACUUCAGCUACAAGCUUUGGAAAUCCUACAGCAGAGAUAUGGGAUUAUACCUGAGUCCUUUACUCCGAGUGAUGAUAUGCCUGAGGCGGAGCAACAGGUUCUUGAGCAAGUUCUAAAGUAGUCGCUGGAGAACACGAAGCCACGC